AUGUUUGCUAACAACAGUGCUAGUCCAUCUUUGUAUCAGUUAUGGCAUCUGGUGUCAUCUGAAUCAUCAUAUAUAUGUUGUUCAAACUGUUUCAAAGGAUAUAAUUUCAUACCAAUAGCAUUUGGCAUUAUAUUAUACAUUGUUUAUAUUAUGGAGUGUUGGCAUAAUCGUACCAAAAUUAACAAAAUUAAAAAGGUUAAUCAUAUUGAAGCGAUGGAAUACAUUGAGAAAAUGCGAAAUGCCCUACCAAUAGUGUGGUGGAGAAGUAUUUGUUAUCAUUAUGUAAGGCGAGCAAGACAAGUCACCAGGUUACUGAUUUCAUUGUUAAGAAGUGAACUUAAUAUGAUUUAUAAGUUAUUUUGACGAGCAAGACAAAUCAUCAGGAAAGC